CCUUACACAUUACAAAUGAUGACCCCACACACACACACACACUCACACCACCUGUCAGGAGACUCAGCCCACAUAAGUUAACCACAGAAGCCUCAGCUGGAGGACACAAUCUGAAGGAAGUUUUCCUGCAACACAAGUAUCAGUGGAUCCAGCCUUAACUGCUCUGAGACCAGCUGCUGCACGAUAAACAACACUUCUUAACAACAGUCUGAACAACAACAACAACAACAACAUUCUAAACAUUAAGAGAGUGAAACGGUGGUAAAACGAAGCACACAAAGAGCCUGGCAUCAUAUCGAAUCAGCAAUGGUUUUGAAAAAGCUUCUGCGUUUCGGGAAGCAGCUGCUGAGGGUGAAGGUUGUCAAUUGCAACUCAGAGGAAUCGCGUCUCUCCCGAUGCUUGAACACCUUUGACCUGGUGGCUCUUGGUGUGGGAAGCACUUUGGGAGCUGGGGUGUAUGUCCUCGCCGGUGCUGUGGCAAGGGAAAACGCCGGACCGGCCAUCGUGCUGUCAUUCCUCAUCGCGGCCCUGGCCUCAGUGCUCGCGGGCCUCUGUUAUGCCGAGUUUGGGGCGAGAGUGCCGAAAACAGGCUCAGCGUACCUGUACAGCUACGUGACUGUAGGAGAACUAUGGGCCUUUAUAACUGGCUGGAACCUUAUACUUUCAUAUGUUAUAGGAACCUCAAGUGUUGCCCGAGCUUGGAGUGCCACGUUUGAUGAGCUGAUUGGAAAACAUAUUGAGCAUUUUUGUCGACAGUACAUGUCCAUGAACGCUCCAGGCAUUUUGGCGGAGUAUCCAGAUAUGUUUUCCGUAUUAAUCAUCCUCACUCUCACAGGCCUGCUGGCCUUUGGGGUAAAGGAGUCAGCCAUGGUCAAUAAAGUGUUCACCUGCAUCAACGUUCUGGUGCUGCUGUUCAUGGUUGUAUCCGGCCUGGUCAAAGGUACGCUGAAGAACUGGCAACUGGACCCUGAUGAGAUUCUCAGCGUAACUAAUUUCACCCUUAAUGCCACACAGCCCCUGCCUUCAAAAGAGAUUUUGGGUGAAGGUGGGUUCAUGCCUUUUGGCUUCACAGGGGUCUUAUCAGGGGCGGCUACCUGCUUCUACGCCUUUGUUGGGUUCGACUGCAUUGCCACCACAGGUGAGGAAGUGAAGAACCCCCAGAGAGCCAUUCCCAUCGGGAUUGUCUCCUCCCUCCUUAUCUGCUUUGUGGCAUACUUUGGUGUAUCGGCCGCCCUCACCAUGAUGAUGCCAUACUACAUGCUGGAUAAAAACAGCCCUCUUCCUGUGGCCUUUAAGUACGUCGGCUGGGAAGGAGCCACAUACGCCGUGGCGGUAGGCUCCCUCUGCGCCCUGUCCACUAGCCUGCUUGGCGCCAUGUUUCCCAUGCCCCGUGUCCUCUGGGCCAUGGCUGACGAUGGCCUGCUCUUCAAAUACAUGGAUGGGAUCAGCGAGAGAACAAAAACUCCCUUAGCUGCCACUAUAACGUCAGGCUUUCUCGCAGCUAUCAUGGCUUUCCUGUUUGACCUGAAGGACUUGGUUGAUCUGAUGUCUAUAGGAACUCUUUUGGCCUACACCCUGGUCGCUGCCUGUGUUUUAGUACUCAGGUACCAACCCGAACAGUUUUCUCAAACAUAUCACAUAGCAAACACACAGGAAGAAAUGGAAAUGAGUGAGACCAUAAGUACGCCUAGCAUGGGGAUUCUUCCCGGCAUAGAAGAGCGAUUCAGCUUCAGAACGAUGCUCUUCCCCGACAUCACUGAACCCUCCAACCUGUCAGGUUUCACCGUUAACGUCUGCACAAGUCUGCUUGGUCUGCUGAUCCUCAGCUUCAGUCUGUUGGCCGUCCUGGGUGGAACUGCAGUGUGGAAUAUUGUCACUCUCAGUGUCCUGUUCAGCCUGUGCAUCAUUAUCACGUUUAUCAUCUGGAGACAACCUGAGAGUAAAACCAAGCUCUCUUUUAAGGUUCCUUUACUUCCAUUCCUCCCGGUGGUUAGCAUGUUUGUCAAUGUGUACCUGAUGAUGCAGCUGGACAGGGGAACCUGGGUACGAUUCGCCAUCUGGAUGUCUAUAGGACUCAUAAUCUACUUUGGCUAUGGAAUCUGGCACAGUACUGAAGCUGCACUGGCCCAUUCCAGUAUGGACGAGGAACUGAGUGUGUACAAACCCGUCUGCAGUCUAAACAGGGACAGCGUGACCCCGGAGAAGGAGGCUUUCCUCUGUAAUGGCCACGGAUCACAGGGUGAUGAGGACAGAGAUCACUAAUGUGGAACAGUGUUACGUUAUUUACUCAAACUUUACAUUAAAGCACAGAGGAGCACAGGCUGUUGGAAUCUAAUCAGAUGGAGCUCUUUGACCGAUUUAACGAUGUCACUUCCUUGUCUAAGGGCUCUGUUAAGUGCACACUACAUGGGUGGAAGUAUUUGAGUGUUCUCACAACUCUCAAAGGUUUUGUUUCCUACUUAAGAAAUCUCGAAGAAACCAAAACAGGCACAGGACCUUUAAUUGAGUGGCUUUAGAGAAAAAAAAAAUGUGAGCUGCAGUAUUCGAUGUUGACGGCUGCUUUUGUUAAUUGAUCUAAUUGAACUUGUGCCUUUUGUCUUACUCUUGCAAUUGAAGCUAAAUCAGAGUUGCUCUUUCUGAAUGUUGGAUGUCGUUGGGUUUUACGUAUCUGAACAUGGCCUCACAACGGAUGAGAGGAAAGAAAUCAAAUCACGCUUGGCUUUUCUGCUGAAUUUGUAGUACUGUCUGAGGUCCCAUUAAGGAUCCUUUUUCCGGCUGGUUUAAACUGCCCUAAUCCAGAAUUUGUAUGUGUUUACUAGUCCACCCAGAUUAGACCUUCGGGUAGUACUGCCACCUGGUGGUCUGGUUGGGCAGUUAACCAGCAUUAGUUGCUUUUAUCUGUCACAGUGCUGGCUACUGUGUCUUCCACGCAGAUGGAGUCUGCUUCUUCGUUCGUGUCUUAAUGUCAUUAAAGCAGGCAUUUUUUUUUAGAAUAUUUGGAGAAAAGUUAAUAUCUACAUUUAGGUGUUUGAACAUAUAUCACAUUGUGUUUUGUCAAGCUAAAUACUUUACCAAUUAAAGCUUAGAGUAAAGAGGGUUGGAAUAAUUUCUUAAGAUUUUUUAAAAGUUUUUGAAAGAAGUCUUAUGUACCAAGCAAAUCAAUUUAAAUACUGUAUAAACAGUAAUAUUGUGAAAUAUUAUUACAAUUUAAAACAACCGUUUUCUGUUUGAAUAUAUAUAUAUAUAUAUAUAUAUAUAUAUAUAUAUAUAUACACACACACACAGUACAUAUAUUAUAAAAUAAAUGCAGCCUUGGUUAGGAUAAGAGACUUUUUCAAAAACAUUAAAAAUCUUAAUUAUUCCAAACACAAGUACAAUCAGUAGUCUAAUCACUUAUGCCACAUUGGGUCUCCACCAAAAUAAACUAGUCAAUGUUAGUUUUUAUUAGUCAAAUAUUGCUGUUUUUUUAUUAUUAUUCUGACAAUGCCCUUCGAGUUCCAGCUGUUAUAAAUUAAUGCUUUCAUUAGGAUAUGAUGCUAGUAGGAUAGAGGUAAGAACGUUGAUAAGUAUAAUCUUGGGAAUGUUAAAUGUUAAAAAAUUAUAAUGGUUAUAUAUAAUGGUCAUCACAAACCAUUUUGUUUAUAAGUAAAUAUAGAUAUUUUUUUCAUGUUUCCCAGACUGUUUUCUCAGGAGCAUGAUUGCCAUCUGUUUUUAGCUGGAUUACAAACAACCCUCCAUCAACCAAUCUGACCUCAGGAUCAUUUAGUCUAGAAUGUAUAUUAUGGAUUUAUAUUAAAGAACAUAUAUUUAUAAGUUCUAGUUAAUAUGCUGAAGUAGCAGCACAUUGAGGUAUGCUGACAGUCCCUUCAUCAUGCAGACUUGAUGCUUUACAAUCAAUUGAUCAAUAUUCUAUCCAUCUUUCUUUCUUUAUAUUCCAUGGAGUAUAUGAUUUGUAAAUAGCAAAUCUUGCUCUUUAUAAUGCUGAAAGCAAUAACGCAUGUGCAGAGGCCUUGUUCACGUUUUAUUUACAUAGAUUUUAGUAGACUAAAAUGUCUUCCUGUCAUAAUAUGUGAUUAUGUUCAUGUUUGUGUGAAAACAUUUCACAUGGUUUGUCAGCUGCUUGAAAGGUUAGAUAAAAAUAAACAUUAUUAAAUAAUAUAAAUAAUACAUUUAUAAUGAGGCAUGUAGUAAUAUCUAACAGCAAAGUAUCAUCUGAGAUUUAUCCAAUAUUGCUUAUUUACAUGCUAUUAGAAAUAUUAAAUGUGUUGUUACAUCACCUGCUUCAUUCUAAAGGUGUUUUUUCUCAUUUUAUGUGUUUAUUUUUGGACCAUUUCAAAUGUGGCGCAUUCAGUAUAACUUUACCCAUCUGGAGUGGUUUUACGUAUGUCUGUACUGUAAAUGUCUGUCUACCUACUGUUUAAACUUGAUGCUGUAAAUAAAAUACAUUUUGGAAUUUA